AUGCCUACAAAUAUUUCUCGAUUAUAUUUACUUUUUGUUCAUAUCUAUCGAUCUAUCUAUUUUAGUCUGUAUCUAUCUAUCUAUCUCGGUAUGUUCGUAUUUAUCUAUCUCUGUCUGUGCCUAUCUAUCUAUCUAUCUAUCUAUGUCUGUUAUAUCUAUCUAUCUAUCUAUCUAUCUAUCUAUGCCUGUUAUAUCUAUCUAUCUAUCUAUCUAUCUAUCUAUGCCUGUUAUAUCUAUCUAUCUAUCUAUCUAUCUAUCUAUCUAUCUAUGUCUGUUAUAUCUAUCUAUCUAUCUAUCUAUCUAUCUAUCUAUCUAUGUCUGUUAUAUCUAUCUAUCUAUCUAUCUAUCUAUCUAUGCCUGUUAUAUCUAUCUAUCUAUAUCUAUCUAUCUCAGUCUGUGGGUUUCUAUCUAUCUAUCUAUCUAUCUAUCUAUCUAUCUAUCUAUGUAUGUAUGUCUGUUAUAUCCAUCUAUCUAUUUCUAUCUAUCUCAGUCUGUGUUUCUAUCUAUCUAUCUAUCUAUCUAUCUAUCUAUCUAUCUAUGUCUGUUAUAUCUAUCUAUCUAUAUCUAUCUAUCUCAGUCUGUGUGUUUCUAUCUAUCUAUCUAUCUAUCUAUCUAUCUAUCUAUCUAUCUAUGCCUGUUAUAUCUAUCUAUCUAUAUCUAUCUAUCUCAGUCUGUGUGUUUCUAUCUAUCUAUCUAUCUAUGUCUGUUAUAUGUAUCUAUCUAUCUAUCUAUCUAUCUAUCUCAGUCUGUGCGUAUCUAUCUAUCUAUCUAUCAAUCUAUCUAAGUGUAUUAAUAUCUAUCAUUCUAUCUAUUUAUCUAUCAUGA